AUGAAUUUAUCUCAACUUGUAAAUGAAGUUACACGACCAGUGAGUAAUAGUUGUCUAGACCACGUUUAUACUACACAUCCGGCAUUUAUUUCUGUCUUAACUGUGCCGAACAUUGGUCUUGCCGAUCACUUACCCGUGUUUAUAUGUCGAAAGUAUGUUAAAAUAAAUAAGGAUUCAUCACAUAAAGUGAUAAAUUACCAUGACUUUAAGAACUUGAAUGUAGAAAACUUGCUCGAAGACUUAAGUAAAUGCCCAUGGGAUAAUGCCUUUAUCUUUGACGACGUUGAUGACGUUCUUGAAACACUUGAAAUAUUUUUAAAUCAAAUAGUGAUAGAUCAUAUCCCAUUGAAGCAGAAAAGGGUUAAACGUUUUAAACAGCCGGCUUGGAUAAAUGAUGAGAUAGUAGUUGCGAUCGGAAAACGUGAUAAAGAUCUUAAAAGGGCGCGGAAAUCAAAUGCUAUUGAUGAUUGGGCAAAUUAUAAACGCUCCAAAUGUCAUGUUGUAAAUCUGAUUAAAAAAUCAAAACGUGAUUACUUUCAAGAAACAAUCGAAAACAAUAAAGGAAACCCCAAAGGAAUCUGGAAUGCUUUGAAGAUUUUGACUAAGGCACAAAAAUCAAGUAAGAUCAUUGAGCUAAAGAGGGAUAGCGGUUCGUCCGAAACAAACGUAUUGGAAAUGGCAAACAUGUUAAACGACUUUUUUGUAAAUAUUAUUACACAAAUACAGAACGAUCAAGUCUUAACAAAUCCUUUGGAUACGAAAAUUAUUGAUGACUUUGUCUCAACGAAAAUCAACAAUUUUGUCACACAAUACAACAUUCCAUCUAUAACUGUUGAGCAAGUAAAUGAACUUAUUAACAAUUUAUCAUGCUCGAAAGCUACUGGCGUAGAUGGUAUUAGUGUGAAGAUCUUGAAAUUGGUUUCUCCGGUGUUUUCCCAUCCAUUAACAAAGCUUUUAAAUAUGUCACUAAGACAAAGGCAUUUUUCCUACAAAAUGGAAAAUAGCACGGGUAACACCUUUACAUAA